AUGCCACCCGUGGACGCCAGAGACGACGUCGUCGAAGCCGCCGCCGGCACGCUCGGCGCGUUAUUAGCGCUCGUGACCACGUACCCACUCAUCACCCUGAACACGCGACAACACGUCACGCGACGCCGCGAACGCGACGGCGACGACGGCGACGACGCGCCGAGCACGUCCUCGCUUUCGUCCAUGUACGACGGCAUCGAACCCGCGCUGGUCGGGACGGCGUGCAGCCAAGCGGUGUACAACUACUGGUACUCGCGCGCGAACGGGACGUAUCGAGCGAGACGCGGAAGGGACGCCACGGGGGCGGCGAGCUUGGCGAUCGCGUCGUUCGCGGGAUGCGUGAACGUGCUGAUGACGCUGCCGAUAUGGACGAUCGUGACGAAGAUGCAAGCGGACACGGCGGCGGCGAAGCUACGAUCGGCGACGAGUGAAGGAGGGAAGAAAAACGGAGAUCAAAACGGGAGCGGGAAGAAGAAACGUUCGUUCUUCGACAUCGCGCGCGAGGUGGUACGGGAUGGUGGCGUGUGCGGAUUAUGGCAAGGGUUGACCCCGUCGCUCGUCAUGGUGGCGAAUCCCGCGUUGCAGUACGCGUUUUACGAAACCGUCGCCAAGUGGAGGCUCAAACGCGAUCGUAAAACGACGUUAAGCGCGCCUGAAAUUUUUGUAUUCGGCGCGUGCGCCAAAUUUGGCGCCACGAUGUUAACCUACCCCUUGAUGGUCGUCAAAUCUCGUCUCCAAGUCGUCUCCAAAGACAUGGCGGACGACCGCAUGCGCUACCGCGGCACAGCGCACGCCGUCCGAUGCAUGGCAGCCGAGGAAGGUUUGGGCGUUUUUUACAAGGGCAUCGAAACCAAGCUGACACAGACCAUCCUAGCCGCCGCGUUGAUGUUCACCGUGAAGGAGAAGCUCGCCGAGAGCGUCUACGCCGCGCGUCGCGUCCUCGUCUAG